AUGCCGAAACCGGUGGCCCUGCUGUUCGACGUGAAUGGCACCCUUUUCCCCGCAGACUCCGCGGCCAGCGCUUUCCGGGAGCUGGGGCUUCCCUCCAGCGCGGUAGAGGUCUGGUUCUCCCGCGUGCUGCGCGACGGCUUUGCGGCGCAGCUGGCCGGCUCCUUCCAGCCGUUCAGGCACUGGGCGGCGCACCAUCUGGCCUGCCUGCUGAGCGCCCACGGCAGCCCCUCCUCCAACCUGCCAGUCGAGCAGGCGCUGGCCAGGGUGCUGUCAGCCUGGUCCGCCGCCGACCUGUGGCCUGACGCCGGCACGGGGCUGCGCGCGCUGCACGCCUCGGGCCUGCGGCUGGCGGUGCUGACAAACGGCUCGGCCGACUCGAUCGCCAGGAGCGUGCUGCAAAAGGCAGGGCUGGAAGGCGUGUUCAGCUGCUUGCUGGACGUAGGCAUGGCAGGCGCCUGGAAGCCCGCGCCGCAGAGCUAUGCAUGGGCGGUGGAGCAGCUCGGGCUGGCGCCGGGGCAGGUCAUGAUGGUGGCCUCCCACCCCUGGGACAUCUACGGGGCGCUGCAGGCGGGGCUGCAGGCGGCGUACGUGCAGCGCGACAGGUGGGACGCCUACCCCGCGUUCCUGCCACAGCAGCCGCAGCUGGUGGCAAGCAGCUUUAACCAGCUGGCAGAGCAGCUGGCGGCGGCAUAG